CGUGGGUGCAAUAUUCCAUUUUCAUACUCCAUUGAGUACGCUUAACAAUAAAAAAAUCUUUUUUGGAUUGUUUGUUUUGUAAGGUAUAUCUUUACACAGAUAUUUGACUUGUAUAGAACUUGAAGAUUUAUUUUAUCCUUAACCUUCGAUACGCGUUAUUUUUUUCUGUAAUAUAUGAUGUGUGAUCGCAUUGCCUACUAAAAAUUGUGUUGUGUAUUGUGACACUUCGGGUACGAAGAAAAAAUAAAAAACCCAAUUUAUAUUCUUGAGCCAUUGUGACAAACAGUUGAACAAAGUGUUUAUAAAAAAGUAUAAAAUAAAGAAAGGAAAUCUUUCAACAAUGAUUUUAUAUCUGUGAUACAGUAAACUAAUUUGUACCUUGGCAUAAUGGUCAGUGUCAUAAUUCCAUCAAAAAGUGUACAUAAACUAAUGAAAGCUGGGAGUGAAAAAAAUCUUAUCAGACCCAAUAUGUGCCAGAUAAGAUAGCUCUUCCUAAUAUCAGCUUUAUAUCUUCCUGAUUCUUAUAUCAUAUAAAAAGAGAAUCGGGUCUUGUGAGCCAAGCUAAUGGUUGCCGCUUUUUUAUCAAAAUCGCUGAUUUGAUUGCGGAUCUUUAUGUAAAUGAAACAUAAAUCGUAAACAAAACAUGAAAUUUGAAUUAGAAAAUACAUUUUAACUCAGAUAUAAAGGAACCCGCUUACCCAGUGAACCUAAAACUAAACUCAAAGGGAAUAUAUAACAAAAGAUGUCACCAAUUAUUACUACACUUUAUGGUUUUGCAUUUUUCUUUUUUGUAUUUUGGUGCGGAACUUGGUGUAUUCAUAUAUUAGCCAUUACUUAUGGAAAAUACAAAUUCCAAAGGAAAUCCUGCAACUAUCCUCCAGAAAAACCGCUUCCGGGUGUUUCCAUUCUUAAGCCAUUAAUGGGCACUGAUCCAAACUUGGAACACAAUUUAGAAACUUUUUUCACUAUGGACUAUCCACUUUAUGAGCUUCUAUUCUGUGUUGAAGAAAAAUGCGAUCCAGUUGUGCUUAUUGUUGAACGUUUAAUGACCAAAUAUCCAUCGGUAGAAGCUAAUCUUUUUAUUGGGGGUUCCAAAGUUGGCGUUAAUCCAAAAAUAAAUAACAUGUUUCCAGGUUAUGCAGCAGCUAAACAUGAGUUCAUCAUGAUUUCAGAUAGCGGUAUAAAAAUGAAAAAUGAUACCCUUCUGGAUAUGGUUCAAAACAUGACAGAGAAAACAGGACUUGUUCAUCAAAUGCCAUUUACCUGCGACCGUGAUGGAUUUGCAGCAACAUUUGAAAAAAUAUAUUUUGGAACGGUACAAGCGCGCAUCUACCUGAGUGCCGACAUGCUUGGCAUAAAUUGUCACACAGGUAUGUCGUGUUUGUUUCGCAAGAAUGUCAUGGAUCAAGUUGGGGGUCUACAAAAGUUUGGAUGUUACCUAGCCGAAGAUUUUUUUAUUGCGAAAUGUUUUACCGAUCAUGGAUGGAAAAUGCGGAUAAGUAACCAGCCAGCAUGGCAAAAUAGCGGUAUUUGUGAUAUAAGCAAUUUCCAAGCACGUCUGACACGAUGGGCAAAACUACGUGUUGCAAUGGUUCCAACCACAAUACUGCUAGAGCCACUAUCCGAGUGCAUGGUAGUAGGAGCCUUUGCUUCCUGGUCUGUAAAUGUGCUUUUCAAUUAUGAUUCAUUAGUUUUUUACCUUGUACACAUUUUAACGUGGUUCCUUUCCGACUAUAUACUAUUGUCUGUUGUUCAGAACGGGUCGUUACCCUUUCACAAAUUCGAAUUUGUGAUCGGUUGGUUAUUUCGGGAGAUCAGUGGACCCUAUCUAUUUCUACAAGCCUUGUGGAACCCGGCGAUACGAUGGAGAACUCGUAUUUAUAAACUCGAAUGGGGAGGCAUUGCCAAGGAGUUGCCUCUUAGCAGUAGUUGCUCUAGUAGUAUUGGAUUUCUAAAUAACAUUUCGUAGCACUAAAUGACAGAAAGAACAUUUUUUUUAUUAAACGAGUAUAUAUAACUAGAGAUUUAAAUUAAACUAAAAAUUGUUAAGUUUUAUAAAAUAAAAUGUAUGGGAGUGUGAUUCUGAAUUGAUUGACUGAA